AUGAAAAAGAAAACUAAUAUAAAGUUUAAGGGUGCCUAAUAAAAUAAGCCGUAAUAGGUUGAACAGAAUUUCGAUAAUCAAUGUCAAAUCUAAAUUGAUGAAAUCUCCAAUUAAACUGAAAAUACUCAUAUGCCUUAAACUUUAACAAAAACUUAGUUAAAAGCUUAAAAAUAAAAUGAAGUUUUUUAAGUUAUAAUAAAUCAUUAAAAUAAUCUAAUUUAUGAAAAAAAUAGUAAGGAUUUGAUUAAUUAAUUUCAAGUAGUUAAAAAUCCUUAACAAUAACAAAAUUAAAAUAUCUAUUACUAUAGCUUUUAACCAUUCUAUGAUUAUGAUUAAAAAUCAUUAUAGGAACAAUAGGAUUGUUAAAAGUUGCAAUAACUUUUAAAAAAACCCUAAAUCCUUUAAGACUCAUCAGUUAAGAAGAAGAUCAAAAAAAAUAAUUCUGAUUCCAAAAUUAUUUCUAAACAGAAAGAAAAGAAAAGUAAAAGUCUUUUAGAUUAUUAAUUCAAGAUUUAAACAAAUAAAAAUUAAAAAAAUUAAAUUCAAUCAAAUAUAUAAUAAGAUCAUGGCUAAGAAUUACCUCAAAAAUAAUAAGAAUAAAAUAUUACUAAUGAUAAAUAAAAAUUUGAUACAAAAAUUAAAGUAAGCGAUAAGCCUUAAAUAAUAAAACCAUCAGGUUCUAUUUAUGGCAUAAUAGGAAUUAAUGAUGAUAGAAUCCUGUAUCAUACAAAAUAAUCAAUAGGAAUCUUAGAGGAUCCUUUUAAGAAGGGGUUUUAAAGAAGUGAAUAAGGAUGUUAAUCUCCAAUUGUUGGAUUUUAGGUAAAUAAAGCAGGUUAAGUAAUUUUAUAAACAGAAACUCAUGUUAUUCUUUAUAGUAAGGAUUUACAAUUACUAGAUUAAUUUAAAGAAAAAAUAGAGAAAAAUCUCUUAACUUAUUCUUAAGAAGGUAAAUAUAUCAAUUAAUAAUUAGUUUAUUAAUCUGAUUUCUUAAUAUAUUUUAGUAAUAAAGAAAAUAAGUUGAUAAAGGUAGAAAUAUUAAAUUCUAGUCAUAAAUUUGGUAAAUCGUUAAUCCUAUUUAAAANAACUUUUAUGGAUGAUAAUGAUAAAUUAUAAUUUGAAAUAAUAAAAUUCUAAGAUAGUAGAGUGUUUAAUAAAAAUUAAAAAUACAUAAAAGAUGAAACAAAAUAAUUUUAGAGGUUUAAAAACUUGAGUUAAUUAUGA